UUGUCAUUGGUGAACCUCCAGCUGUAUCGAGUGCGCUUGUGCAGGUUUAUUCUGUUCCAGGGGCGUGUUAUUACAAGGCCUAGAAUUUAAUGCACCUGCAUUGAGCGAAAUACUACUCUGGUGAAUAACAUAUUGUAACAAAUGCUCUUUUGACUCCUUAUUAGCAAAUAACACAAUCCAGAUAAAAAUGGCUGAGUUACCGAUGGGGAAAGGGGUCUCCGCGGGGAAAAUAGCAAGCAAUGUACAGAAAAAAAUUACCAGGGCUCAGGAAAAGGUUCUCCAAAAGCUUGGCAAGGCAGAUGAGACUAAAGAUCUGGCAUUUGAAGAGGGUGUGAUCAACUUCAACAAACAGCUGGUUGAGGGUACCAAACUGCAGAAAGACCUUCGGGCCUAUCUGGCUGCUGUGAAAGCCAUGCAUGAGUCUUCUAAACAUCUGUACGAGUGCCUGGACGACAUGUAUGAGUCUGACUGGUAUGGCAAAAAGGAUGUGGACUCACUCUUGGAGGAUUCAGACCUCCUUUGGACAGACUUCCAUCAGAAACUUGUGGAUCAUGCGCUUAUAUCCAUGGACACUUACCUGGGCCAGUUUCCUGACAUCAAAGCCCGUAUUGCGAAGCGUGACAGGAAGCUGGUGGACUAUGACAGCGCACGACACAACUAUGCCGCAGUGAACAAAGGCAAGAAAAAGGAGGGAAUCAAGAUCACCAAGCCAGCUUCCCUGCUGGAGAGGGCUGCCCCAGGCUGGGCACAGGGGAUCCUGUCUGCCCAUAACGUGGCUCAGACCAACCUCACCAGGAGUCAGGCAGAGGAAGAGCUGGAGAGGGCGCAGAAAGUGUUUGAGGAGAUUAAUAUAGAUUUGCAGGAGGAACUGCCAUCUCUGUGGAACAGUCGGGUUGGCUUUUAUGUGAAUACAUUCCAGAGUGUGGCUGGUCUGGAGGAGAAGUUUCACAGAGAAAUGGGAAAAAUUAAUCAGAAUCUGAAUGAUACGCUGGAGAAAUUAGAAAAUCAAGAUAUGUCCAGAAAAACAGGAAGCCAAGGGGUGAGGACAUCCACAGCCCAGAAGAGUGACAGAACACAAGAUGCCAAUCACACAUUGAGCCCAGGAGGACCGCCAGCCAUUCCCAAAUCUCCGUCCAAGCUAAAGCCUGUGGUUCCUCCACCUCCUAAAGUUACUCCAUCAAUGGAUAUGAAGCAGGAGAACAUUAUCAAUCUGUUUGGUGAGGCUGCCACUCCAAACAUCAGUGUCACUUCGCCAACACAGUAUGAUACUCCAGCCACUGCUAAUCUGCUGGAUAUGGAUCUGGACUCACUUCAGGCUGCCACCACACCAGCUGCGCAGACUUGGGAUUCAUGGGAGCAAUCACAGAAUGAAGCUGAGGUGCCUCAGACAUGGGACGAUGAUGAUACCCAGCCUGUGCACUCUGGCUGGGGCGAUGAUGGUACCCAGGCUACCUGGGAUGAUGAUGAUAGCCAACCUGUGCGUGCUCCGGCCGCAUACCCCGCCUGGGAUGAUGAUGGCUCUCAGCCUGUGCAGGGGAAUGUCAAUGAUUCUACCCAGCAGGCCCAGGGGUGUGACGAUGAUGGGGCUCAGGCCACAGAAAAGGCAGCUGUUACAGAAGAGGCGCUUGCUGAAACUGAACCUGCACAGGUGACCACUGAGAGCACAGAGAGUGUAGAGAUGCCAGAAUCCUUCCUGUUUAAAGUGAAAACAAUACACGACUACAAUGCCACUGACUCCGAUGAGUUGGAGUUGAAGGCUGGAGAUGUGGUGCUGGUAAUGAGCUAUGAAAACCCAGAAGAGCAGGAUGAAGGGUGGUUGAUGGGAGUCAGAGAGUCCGACUGGGUUCAGAAUAAAGAUCUUGGGAAAAAAGGGGUCUUUCCUGAAAACUUCACCCAGAGGAUGUGAGAGCCUGUGAUCCGCUUGAUCUGUUGUUAACCCUUCUAUAUAACUCCUUAUUGCUUCCCUUCAAAAUGCAGACAAGAAACAGUGUACUAGACCAACACAUGCACAGCCACAGGCAGUCUGCUGGUUAUGUUUGUGAAAGUUGUUGACAGGUUAGUAUUUGCAUUGUUUUGGGUGUCCUCACUGUGACUCAUAUUUGUCAUGGUGCAAGUAUAAGAAGAUUGCAUCAACCUUUGUCUAAAAAAAUGGUAUUCUGUUAACUAGAAACAUACCCAGAGUAAGUCCUUGCUGUAAAUGUUUUUAGACAAGCCACUCUGAACCCUGUCCCAUUUUGUGUGGAAAUGUUUUAAAGUCAUAUCCCAAAAGAGCUCACAAGUCUCUAUAGUCUAAUAGUGAGCUCUAUCAUGAGCUGUAUAGUUAUGUCACAGUCGGAAGCGAACAGUAUUUCUUUUUAAAAAGUGAAUAAUAUUCCUCUCAAUGCUGGAAUACACUUUAACAGCUGAGUGCUCCUUCAUGCAAAUGGAGUGUGACUGCUCAGAGUCAAACAUCUACCAGCACAAUAUCUGCAUGUUAAAUCAGGAACUAAAAAUAAAACAGACUAAAGGAGUAUUUUAUGCUUCUCAUUAACAAACAAAAAACAUAUGCACUCUUUCCAUAUGCAGUUAUUGUUGACACUAAUGAGGCUGACGUAUUUAACCCCAGACUCUUGCUCAGGUUAUAUUUAUAUGAACCUGAACCUGUCUUUUACCCUUACCUUUACACAGUAUUACUGUCCACCUAUUUCUUUCUUUCUUUCUUUCUUUCUUUCUUUUUUGAUGAAGCCAUUUCAGAUUUUAAUAUGUAAUUAAUAUUGUACUUCACUGUGCAAAUACUUGUCUCGGUCAUUUAGUAAAAUACAGAUUUAUUCAGUGAAGGAGAAUUUCUGUCCUUUUUAACAUGAAAUGCAAUAAUCUCUGCACAGAUUUUUAUUUCUUUAUGAACUGUAUUCCUAGACAUGUCGGAAAUAUUGGAUAUUGGCAUUUUGUGAUUUGAAAGUGGAUAUCAACGCUCACUUGUGUGAGUUUUAAUCCAGUGCAACAUUCAAAAGUGAAUCAGAAUAUGCAUAAUACGAAUUCAGUCCUCUGUAAUUAUAGUUUUAUUUUUAUAUAUUGUGAGACAAAUGAGAGUUAAAAUGAUUCUAUCUAUGUGCCAUGAACACUGGCUUUUAACUGGGGUCUUUCUCAGUUCUGUAUACUCUUGUCUUUUCAUGUUCGGAUCAAAACGUACCAUCAUAGCAACAAGAGCAGAGCAGGUUUAGUGAGGAUUAUGAGCUUUUAUAAGGACUGAACUCAAGCUGGUAUGGCAGAGAUAUUGAUUCUCCAGUCAUCUGUUGUGCUGAAUGAGAACUUGUUUGCUUUUUGUUUGGUUUGCUUGCUACCCCUGAUCUAGACGUGUCAUGUGAGCCAAGCUUGGAGGGAGUUCUUGCCACGCUUCACCAGUUUUGAAGCAAGUGUGUGUGUGUUUGCGUGCUUGGUUUUUGUAUCCUGUACUGAGAAACCAAUGUGAUCUGUAUAGAGACUGAUUACUGAGUUAUUUAAGCUGCCAAUGCAUCUUUAAUGACCUCUCGCGCAAGCUCUUAAUUAAAUCGAAAGUCCUCGUGGAUGGACAAACACUUCCUCUUCAUGUAUUUGAGCGCAGUUAUGAUAUUUGCUAGUGUUAUUGUGUUGUUGCAUUUGUAGCCUUGAUCAUUGUGUAGUUUUGUUGAGUUUUGUCACUGAAGAUACCAAUUAUCUGAGCAUAUCUAUAUCUGUUAUUAGUGUGAAUGUGAAAGGGGCAUGCUUAAAUCCAUGAGCAGUGUGUCUGUGUGUAGUGACUUGAUGUUUUCUUGCUGAGGUGACCUAGGAAACUAGAGCCACUUUACGCCUCUAAGCCAUGAGUUUUAGUCAUUCUACAGUCCUGUAUCCUGCUGACACACCAAUGCUAAUAAACAUGGAUUUAGUCCUGUCAUA